UUUCAACAUGGAACCUCAAGCUGCGUGGUAUUCAAAAUGUAAUUUAAAAAAGUGAAGAAAGUAAAAAAAAAAAAGGAAACGCUAGCUAGCUAUAGAUAUUAAUGUGUUUUAGGAGUGCGUCAUGAGUAAGAAUCACUGUGUCAAAAUUUUAAAACAAAUGGAAACAUUCUACCAAACCAGAUUUGCAGAAUGGAACCGAUUAUACGAAGACUUAAAACUUUCUAAUCGACAUUGCGCAGUGUUAAAUAAAUACUAUCCAUUUGAUACCGAGACGUUUCUUAACACUGAAAAUACUUCUCAAUUUCAUUUGAGAAGUACGGCUACAUCAAAACACGAAAUUAAAAUAAGAGAGGAUGAAUCAAUUGCCAAGUAUUUUCUCACUGAAGGUCAUAAUAUUUUACCUUCACUAGAAAGUUCUUCCAAACCAUAUUGGGUUCUUAAAAGUGAUGUUGAAAGUAACGAGGGGAUUGUCACUCUCCAAAGAAUUGUCAAAAACACGUGUGGUAGAAAACUUAACAAUGCGAGACUACUUUUUUCUGAUUUCUUUAAAUCUCCAUACGUUUUCAGCAAAAAUAAGAUUCUUCCGUAUUACCUUCUUGAUCUGUCCUCUCUGCUACCCGUACUUGGUUUGGAAAUUCAACCAGAUGACAGGGUGUUAGAUAUGUGCGCAGCGCCUGGUGGAAAAACAGUAGCUAUCAUGCAGUUUUUAUCUUUGAAAGGACAACUUGUAAGCAACGACGUCACAAAGGGAAGAUUUAACAGACUGAAAAAGGUGAUAAAGGAGUACCUACCUCUCCACAAUACACACAAAAGCAACGUGACAAUCACAAAUUGGGACGGUCAACAAUUUGGUACAGAGGAAGUACAAAUGUUUGAUAAGGUUCUAGUCGAUGCGCCAUGUUCAUCAGAGAGACACGUGAUUCAAAAGCAUUUCCAGUAUGGAGGGUGGAGUGUAAAGAAAAUGAACGAGAAUGCAAAGCUCCAAGUUAUACUGUUGUUGUCUGCUUUAAAAACAGUCAAGCCUGGAGGUAUAGUGGUUUAUUCAACUUGUUCGAUAUCACCUCUUGAAAACGACGAAGUCAUAGACAAGGUAGUACAAAUUACUUGUCAACAAAAAGACAUACUUUUUGCUGUCGAUGAUACGUGCUCUCUUAUUGACAGUACCAUAAACCAACUAGCGGAGGGAACGUUUAAUUAUUUAAAAACGCGCCAUGGAAUUUUAGUGUUACCUUCUGAAUGUUGUAACUGGGGGCCAAUGUAUGUGUCGCGAAUAUUUCGAAUCACUUGAUGCCUUAUUUGUUAUUAUUGUGUUAAAAGUAAUCAAAUAGCUUCCGUGGGAGAGAAAUUUCAGCGGGUAGAAAUUUUUGCGGAAUAACAUCUAAAAACGAAUUUUUUUUGCCAUGCUGCCUAUCCUGAAACCCUAGAUUUAUUAAAAGUGAACAAGAAAAGUAAAAUAUAAAGUGUUUUCUUUAUAUAUGAAAUUAUAUAU